CUCAGCUCCAUAUUUCCCUGUAAACUCAAAGGUUGACUCUGUGCGAGAGAACCUAGGAAGACUGGGGCAGCUGCCCGUGUCCAAGAUUUCCCCAGGUGGCGGCAAACGUGAAGACCGGAAUCUGCCCCUCUGAGCACAGGUGCACUCCAAGGAUUCACCAGUCCUUCACAGGGGGGGCCAGCUGAGUUUAUACUAAAGCAUGCAAGAGAACAACUCUGAGCAGCCACCGUCCCUGUCUCAGCUCCUCAGAGAGAGCUACCUGGCAGAGGCCAGAGCUCAGCAGCGCCACAGCGAGAUGAGCCGCUCAGACGCUUCGUCCACACGCCUUCAGAUCUACGGGUCGCUCAAAGGCAAGGCUGAAGACUCUGUGGGCCGUAAUGACCCCCAACUGCCAGACCUCUCCGCCUUCCUCAGCCAGGAAGAGUUGGAUAAGAGUGUGAACCUGGCCUGCCAGGCCAUCGGACAUGAGGCUCGUGAGGAGAAGGCAGAGGUCAAGGCCACUGUCAAACCGUUAACCCCCUCCAACAUCUCCUCAGUCUCAGUUUCUUCCUCUACGACCCCUUCUGUUCCCUUGCAUAACCCAUCUCCUGCUCCUCUUGUUGCCCCCUCCACUGUGCCCUUCACCCAGCCUGCCCCCGAGUUCAAAGAACUGCCAGCAACACACACAUUCACAUCAGACAGAAAGAUGCUUAAAGCCUCCAUGCGACAGGACAACAUGAUCAGAACCAGCAGGGACUCCGGUGAAGGAUUCAACGACUUCAACAAAUCAUCGAGGAACGCCCCGUACGGCCCAGAGACCCAGUCCAAGAAGGAGUUUCUCAACAAAGCAGCAGACUUCAUUGAGGAGCUCUCCUCUCUAUUCAAGGCCAACAGCUCCAAACGGGUACGACCGAGAGGGUGCAAGUCUCAUAGGAGUAGAGGUCAGAAUAAGAGCCAGAACGAUGGGGCAGUUGAUCCUCUCAACUCUGACAACAGGGAGCGUGCUUUCAUGCCCGUGGAGGAGGAGGAGGAGGAGGAGGAGAGACCUGGUCCUGCUGUGAGCCACCCACCAGAGGUCCAACUGGACCCUGGUACCAGGCAUGUGGAGCUCCAGGACUGCAGGGUCACUGAGGAGCAGCAGUACGACUGUGUUUCUCAGGAAGUCCAGGAGGAGGGGACAGAAGGCUGUGACUUGGCAGAAACACCCUACUCUGCAGAGCCCAUGUGUGAACCUCCUCAUUUCAUCCAGAAACUGAAAAGCAGGGAGGUUGCAGAGGGCAGCAAGGUUCAGUUAGACUGCAUCGUAAGAGGACUCCCGAUGCCUGAAGUCCGGUGGUUUUGUGAGGGCAAGGAGUUGGAGAACAGCCCCGACAUUCAGAUCAUCACCAACGGAGAGCUGCACUCUCUGAUCAUCGCUGAGGCCUUCGAGGAGGAUACAGGACGUUACUCCUGCUUUGCGUCUAACUUCUAUGGGACUGACUCCACGUCGGCAGAGAUCUACGUCGAAGGUGCCUCCUCUUCAGAUUCUGAGGGGGAGCAGCACCUUGAAAAUGUAGCCCAGCUGCAGAGGAAAACCCAAAAGUCAAGUGCAACUUUAACAUCAUCAUUGGGCCAAACCGCCUCUGCAGAGGAGGAAGAGUUUGAGACAUCUGAACUUGCAGCAGCAACAGAGGAACCAGUACAGGAGCGCUCCUCCUCACCACCAACUCAUCAUCCUCCUCUGCUGGUCCAGACAACAACCACGGUGCUUUCUGUCCCAGAGCUCUCCAGAGCGUCUGUGGCAUCCUCAGCACAGCCCGCUCAGGAGGAGACGACCACAGGGUUACCGGUGCAGGUGUUUCCUACUUUGACACAAGAGGUCACAGAAGUUUCAGGAAACCAGGAGGCCUCAGCGUCUGUCCCAGUCACAUCUACAACCCAGCAGACAGAGACAGUCCCAUCCCUGCCUCUGAUCUCAGUGGCUCCAUCAGUGCAUCAACCUGAGAGUCAAACCUCCAAUCACAACUAUAUACAAGGGUUGAACGGGCAACCUGUGAUGGCCGCCCCUGUAUUCACAAAGAGCCUGCAAGACCUCUUUGUGUCAGAAGGCCAGCUGGUGGUGCUAGAGGGCCGUGUGAAAGGGAUACCGUCACCUCGAGUGGACUGGUACAGAGAGGGCAAAUCCAUAGAGGACUCUGCUGAUUUCAGGAUCCUGCAGAAAAAGCCGAGAUCUCCAGCUGAACCAGAGGAAAUAUGCACUUUGGUCAUUGCUGAAGUCUUUCCGGAAGAUUCAGGAGUGUUUACUUGUACAGCAAGCAACAAGUAUGGAACCGUGUCCAGUACUGCAGCACUGAGGGUCAGAGGCAAUGGUAGGAACAGCAACCACGUGAGGCCUGUCAGCAGUUUAACAGUGGAUCCCAGUCGAAACCAAGAAUCUUCCCCAUCAGCUCCCAAUGUCAACCCUCAACCAGAGGCGACCAACAGCGUCAAGCCCCACUCCAGCACCAUUCGCCUGGACCCACUCGUCUCCAGCACAUUACGCCUGGAUCCCUUAAACACCAGCACCUUCCGCCUGGAUCCCCACAGCUCCAGCAUGUUGCGUCCUGACCCGCUUCGCACCAGCCUGCCCAGUCUGGAACCCUCCAGCCUGAGCAGCAGCAUCAGCACCUCCUACCUGAACUCUCACAGCAGCAGCACCCCAAACUUAGACCCUCUCCACCUCUACCAGAACACCUCUGUGUCCGGUGGAGCACAUCCAGAACCACAGAGCGGUGCACAGGUGUUCUCACACCUGAAAGCUUUCAGUGCUGCAACUCCAGCUGAGCAGGACGCUUCCAGACCUUGGCUGACAUCGUCUGACAGGAGUGGUGUUAAGGGGGCCCUUAAGGGGACUCCAAACCAUCAGAAUGGGAGCCCCAUUGUGGUCCCCCUCCCUGACCCUCCACCGAACUCUUGCCUUAAGUCAGGCACCUUGACGAACCAUAGAGACUCGCGCUCCGGCCCCAGAGCCGGUCUGCGUGUGCACUUCAAACUCCCCGAGGAUGAGCAAAGUGAAGCAUCUGCUGAGUGUGAUGAAGAUGACGCUCUGGCUUCAGCCAACAAAGAACCACCCCCGGUGCUGGCUAAACCCAAACUGGAACCCGCCCAGCUCCGGCUCCUGCACAACCAAGUCCUCAUGGAGCAGCAGCAGGAGACUGAACCCCCGAUCCAAACCCAAACUCACGUGCAGCCUCAGGCCCACCCCCCGUUCCAGAGCCAGGUCCAGCCCGAGGUCCCAAGCUCCCACGAGGCUCCGCUGUGGUCACCCAGAAUGCAGUGCGAGCCCCAUCCGCCACCUUUCCAGCCCCAACUUACCACCACAGCUCCCCCUCAGCAGACCCCUCACUCAGCACCACCACUCACCACCCCUAACGCUCCCUCGCUCAGCUCUGCUCCACAGCUCAACACCACCUUUUCACCUCUUUUCAACACUGCUCCUCCUUUCAGCUCCCCUCUGUCUUUCCCUCAACUGAAGACUUCUACACUGAUGACGUCACCUCCACCUCCCCCACAGCUGAACACAGCUCCUCCUCUCAGUGCAGCUACUACAACCCAGAUGAACACCAUCCACGCCUCCCACCUCAACCUGUCCCCCGCAGCUCUUGCCAAACCUGCACCCACGUUCCAGUUCUCCUCUCCCCCUGCACCAAAGCUCAGCACGGUGCCCGCAGGUCAGACCCUGGCCUCACAGCAGAUCAUCUCCCCCACUCCUCUGCUCAGAAGUACCCACGCCUCCCUCAUGAACCUCACCGCCACCUCCUUCACCUUCAACUACACCCGGCCUAAAGAGUUCAUAGCUGCUCAGACCUUCUCACCAGUGAGGAGUCCUUCCCCAACCGAAUCCCCGGUGCCCCUCCUCCAUGAGCUGGCCGCUGAGCUCAACUCCUCCGCAGCCAGCUCCCCGACUAUCCCGCCAUUUCCUCCACCACAUAGGAUCCUCCCCACAAGGGUGCUGAAGUCUCCCACCAGCCCUCCUUCCCUCGUGUCCUCGCCCACACCGGGUUCAGCACAGUUUCCCAACAGCGUGUACUCCAUACGAGCCCAGUCACCUCCUCAGGCCUCUUCUCCCACUUCCAGCAGCUCCACCCCCAGCCCAAUUCAAAACCCUGUGGCCUUCCUCAGCUCCGUGCUGCCGUCGCUGAGCCUGAGUCAGCCCAAAAACUCAAUGGGACUGCCCAAGGGAGCUCCAUUAGGGCUACAAAAGAAGGUACCCAAGGUGCAACUGCCGUCAAAUGAAGACAUUCGUGGGAGCAAAGAAAUUCUCCUCCAUGACAUUGAGAAAAAGCUUCGAUUUAAAGAUGAUACUCCACAGUUUGCACAUCAACAGAAGCUGAGUUAUGAGGUGAAAACAGCGAGCAGACCCCUUGGACCAAACAUUCCUGCUACUGUCUUUAACUAUGAUGAGGAGUACAAAGUGUCCAAUUUUGAGCAGAGACUAAUGAGCGAGAUUGAAUUCCGCUUGGAACGAACGCCAGUGGAGGAGUCGGACGAUGAGGUGCAGCAUGAUGACGUCCCGACGGGUAAAUGCAUCGCGCCCAUAUUUAACAAGAAACUUAAGAACUUCAAGGCCAUGGAGGGCGUACCUGUCACUUUCUCAUGUAAAGUUUUGGGAAUCCCUCUUCCAAAGGUUUACUGGUUCAAGGAUGGCAAGCAGAUCUUAAGGAAGAACGUCCAUUACAAGAAGAUAAGAGAGGGAGACGGGACCUGUGCUUUGCACAUCGAGUCCACGACAAGCGACGAUGAUGGCAACUACACCAUCAUGGCAGCUAAUCCACAGGGACGAAUCAGCUGCUCAGGUCAUUUGAUCGUCCAAACGGGACCUCCCCGCAACCGGCAGACACCGAUUCAUUCUCAGAGGGUACGAGCUCGCAUACAGCAAGUUGAAAGUGAGCAAACGCAGGAGCGCUUUUUUCGCCCUCACUUCCUCCAGGCUCCAGGAGACAUGCUGGCUCAUGAGGGAAGACUGUGCAGACUAGACUGCAAGGUGAGUGGGCUGCCCAACCCAGAGCUGAUGUGGCUGGUCAACGGGAGGCCGAUCUAUCCGGACCUUUACCACAAGCUGCUGGUGCGGGAGAAUGGCAUCCACUCCCUGGUCAUUGACCCUCUGACGCAGAAUGACGGCGGCACAUACACGUGCAUAGCGAGCAACAAAGCAGGACAGAGCUCCUUUAAUCUAGAACUGAAAGUUGUGGAGAAAGAGACAAAGCACCCUCCUCAGUUUUUGGAGAAGCUGCAGAACAUGGGUAUUCCUGAGGGGACUCCCGUCAGGCUGGAGUGUCGGGUGGUGGGUAUGCCCCCGCCAGCCAUCUUUUGGAAGAAGGACAAUGACAGCAUUCCUAGAAUGAAGGACAGAAUCAGCAUGACCCAGGAUGCCACAGGAUAUGUGUGUCUCCUCAUCCAACCAACAACUAAAGAUGAUGCUGGCUGGUACACAGUGUCGGCAAAAAAUGAGGCUGGAAUUGUGUCUUGCACCUGCAGACUAGAUAUCUAUGCACAGUGGCAUCAGAGCAUCCCCGCCCCCAUGAAGAAAGCUCCACGCACAGGUAGCCGCUACGCCGCUCUGACCGACCAGGGGCUCGACAUCAAGUCUGCUUUCCCCACGUCGGACACCAGCCCCUUCUUGUUUUCCAGCUCCCCUCCUGAAGCCAUGCUGGAGAGUGAGGAGCUGUGAGAGACACACCGGCGCGGUGACUCUUAGGCUUCCCGGCAGGAUGUGUGACCUCCCUGAGGUCGGAAACAGUAGAAGACUUUACGGAGAUUGAUUGCUUGAGCAGAUUGUCAUGUGAUUUGUGUUUUGCACAUGAAGUGAAGUACAUUCAGAAUAGAAUGGCAAAGAAUUAUUGCGUUAAACCUAUCAGCACUGAUAGUGGCUUUGUCACCAUUCCUAUUUACUGAAGUCACAUGCAGAAAAAUGAUGGAUUUGCAAAGUCUUAGCUCAUGAGCCAUCGGAGGAGUUGAAUAUUGUUCUCUCACGUUUUGUUUUCUACAUCAUAUUUAGCUACAGUGCUGCGGUUGUUGCUGAUUGUUGAUCAUAGCAUCUGUUCUUAAUAGUUAGUCCUCUUCUCAAAGUGGUGCUAACACCACUCUUUUUUUUUUAUUGCAAAUCACAUGUACAGUGGCUUCUGACAGUAUUCACACCCCUUCACUUUUUGCACUUUGUUUUAUUUGUAUUUUUAAUGAAUACAUUAGAUGAUUAAUGACAAAGAGAAAAUAUGUUUUUAGAAACUUUUACACAUUUAUAAAAAAAGAAAAAUUAUUGGAAGCAGUUAAAGUUUCUGGUCAUCCUGGGCAUGUCCAGCCUUGCAUGCCUGGAUUUAGGCAGUUUAUCCCAUUAUUACCGGCGGAUUCUCUCAAGCGCAGAUUUAAUGGUACAUGUCUGUGAGCUGCCACCUUCAAGUCUCUCCACAGAUGUUCUAUGGACUGGAGUCUGAGCUCUAGCUGGACAAGAAGAGACGAGAGAGAAAUGCUUCCCCAGAGGCUGCUUUGGGUCAAGAUCGUGCUGAAAGGUGAAACAUCACCACAGUCUCACAUUGUCCUCCCCUUAAACAAGGGGUGGCUGUUGCUCAGGAGGUUUGGUCCACUCACCAGAAGUGGGUGGGUCGAUCACCCUCUGCUACUCCCUUCCACAUACUGAAGUGUCUUUGGGCCAGAUUCAGAACCCCAGACUGAAGAUACUAAACCACAAAUUGGCCAAGAUGGCUUUGGUAGUGUGUGAAUGGUGUGGUAAAAAAGGUGCAGCAUAUAGUAACGGUGUGUGUGUGUGUGUGCGCGCAUGUGCGUGCGCAUGCGUGUGUAGCUUGUACUGUAAAGUGCUUUGAGUGGUUGAUAAGAAUAGAAAAGCUUUAUAUAAAUACAGACAAUUUAAAUUCUGACCUCUUCGGUCUCUGCUGCUGAGAAGCCCCGACUCAUAGCAUGAUGCUGCCACCACCACCAUGCUGCACCAUAGGGACGGUAUCAACCAGGUGAUGAGCAGGGACUGGUGAUUAAACAUUGUGUUUGGAUUUCUGCUCAAAUUAUUUGUGUCUCAUCAGACAAAAAACAUGCUCAGAGUCCUUUAAAUGCAGCGUAGCAAACACAAAGCCGGCCGUCAAAUGGGUGAUACCAUAAGAGCCUGAUUGAUGGAGCGCUGCAUAGAGCUGCAAAAUUUAAUAGGUCUGAAUACCUUCUGAAGCCAUUGUACCUGUACUGGUAGUUCUAGUUUCUUUAAAGGUUUAUAUAAAGUAGUCAUAAGUUUAUUAAUAAUCAGAUAUAGUUUAUAGAGUAUUUUAAGACAUUUGAAUGUGCCAUUAAGAUCAGUUUAAAUGGCUCCAUUAAAGGAGGAAUUCUUUCUAUACUGAACUAAAUUAUUUCUGUUUUGUUGGUCACUGGUUCACAGUUUUGCACCAUGUUUUCCAUGUGCAUGCAUGCCAACAUACAGUAUUGUAUAACAAAUAAAAACACUGUGUCUGCUCACAGUCAUGAUAAUAGUAUGCUGAUAGGAGAUUCUAAUUCAUGGUUUGUAAACACUGAAACACUUUAUUUUUUUGCUUUCAUUUGAUUUAAUUCAUCUUUGUAUAUGACAAAGAUUUGUCUCCGUAACUACAUCAACACUUAUGAGAUGUAUCGUCAGAGAAAUUAGUCAGAUCACACUAAAAACUCUUUGGUUUGGGAUAAAGACAGGGCUCUGCUUUUGCAAAUGACAGCAAAAGAUCAAAUGUAUUUGAUGGACUAUGAUUUAAUAAAUUGAAGUCAGUUUAAUAACACACUGGAGAAAAAAACAAAAGCACAUAUUCAGCUGAUGUAAAGUUGCACAUUGUAAAAUAGUUUUGUCCUUCCUCAGAAUAAAGUUAUAUUUAUUAAAGUGAGUGACAUGUUUGCUUUGCUGGAACAAGUGGUUUUGUUUGCAUGCUGCACAGACGGCAUGUAAUUCAUUCUGCACCAUUUUCACUGCUCGUGGCGUUUAUCUCACUUCACACAUGAAAAUAAUGAGUUUCCAGAGUUCCAGGCCAUUUAAACUCAUCUGUCAUUAUAGAGGUCCUGUUUUGACUGAUCAGACUCCUAUUAGCUUACACUGAUGCCAAAUUCAAAGCAAAUGGGAGAGCUCAGAAGCCAAUUAAGUAUUGCUAAUCAGUCCAAUUAGAGGGGAAGAGAGUUCAAAUAGGCAUAAAAUUACAUUCACCUUACGUGACCUAAUUAUACUCCCAGCCUCGUCUCACCAGCUGCCAGACCUACUUGUUAACUGGUGCUGUGUUAAGUAGAAAAUAUCUGUGGAGAAAAUCUCCAGUGUUGUGGAAAAUGUUUCAAAUAAUGUUUUAUACUUUAAGUUUGCUCAAUUUGUUUCUUGCAGUUUUAACACAAUAAAAGUCAUUGACAAUU